UCUCAGAUUCAGAGGAUAUUGAAGAAAUGUCCAAGGUGUAUUAAACAUGGAGCGGGUCCAUUUAAGUUACCACCUACUCCAGCGCUUCCUGUAGAAAGAGUAGGUUACAGCGAACCAUUUACCUUUGUAGGGAUAGACUAUAUGGGUCCUGUUCUUGUCAAGAGUGGACAAAAGAGAUGGAUCUGUUUAUUCACUUGUUUAGCGGUGAGAGCUAUUCAUUUAGAAUUAGUGCAAGAUCUUACAGCGGAGGAAGGUUUAUUGGCGUUGAGAAGGACAAUAGCAACCAGAAAGGUCCCUCAACUCAUUACAUCAGACAACGCGACACAUUUCAAACUUAUAGCAGAGAUUCUCUCGAAACAAUAUUGUAUUGACAACAAAAUUCAAUGGAAGUUCAUACCUCAGUUGACGCCCUGGUUUGGUGGAUUUUACGAAAGAUUGAUAGGGAUAGUUAAGAAUUGUAUGAAGCGUACACUAGCAAAGCACAUGCUUUCAGAUAGUCAACUAACUACCGUAGUCAAGGAAAUUGAAGCUGUAAUAAAUUCAAGACCGCUUACAUGUGUAGAUUCAGAGUUGGAUAUAAUUCUAAAACCAGCUGAUUUUCUUACACUAGGAAGUUGUAUCACUAUAGAAGGAACUGUCGAAGAUUGUCUAGAGAAAGGUACUACGAUUAAAGUCGAUCUUAUAAAAAGUUGGAAGAGGGGUCUCAUCAUCGUAAGAGAAUUCAAAGAUAUGUUUGUUAACAGAUAUUUACUAAGUCUCCGAGAAAGGUAUCAGCACUCACAUAAAGAGCCACGUGUCACAUCGAAACAGUCUCCGGCGAUAGGACAGAUAGUGCAAAUAAAAGGAGAAAAUAAAAAUAGAGAAACCUGGAGAGUAGGAAAAAUUGUUUCACUGAAAGAAGGAAGUGAUGGUUUAUGUAGAGUAGCCAUAGUAAAGGUUGGAGAUAAGAAUUUCACACGGUCAAUAGCGCAUCUGUACCCUCUAGAGGUUCAAGAGUCAGAGGAAGACAUGGAAGAAAGAUUUAUAAGAGAUGAUACUUCGAGUGAGCUUGCUUCUGCCACGUUAGCCGAGCCUUUGGAAGAGAGUACCGACAGACAGAUAACUAUCUCAGAGGGGAUAGCUCAAGAAGAGAACUCACCUAUGAUGCAAAUAGACGAACCCAUUCAGGAGACAAUGGAGUGUGAAACCUUAGAGAGUGAAAGUAGAGAAUCUAUUGGGGAUGUUAUUGAUUCAGAGGAAGUCGGGACACUAGCGAGAGACGAGGAGAAGGAAGAAGAUGGUAGAGUGGGUAGAGUGAGGAGAGUUGCGGCCACUAAAGCCCUACAGAGGAUUAAAGAGUGGACGAACAACUUAUUAUGCCUAUUUUGAUCUAUUUUCCGGCCGGGAGUGUCGCGAAGUUACCCAUUCGCGAAGUAAUCAGAAUAAAGUUACUCAAAAUGGUUGCUGCGGCUCGAAAUGGCGAGGCACCGAGCACGUGGAUUAAACCCGUUCCAGUGUUCGUGUGGAUGGUGAAGUCAAAGCUAAGUACCUAGGCUAUUUCAUAUUUAGACCAUUUUCUAUGUGUUAGAUAUUCCCGGUUAACCUAUAGAAAUAAAUGUCCCACGUGUAAUGGUUGCGCACCCAUUGUUAGUUUGUUAGUGGACAUAUGUGUGUACCUCUCUUCACAAGCCAUUGGGACUGAGUUAAAGUAAAUUAUGAAAGAGGUCAAACCGUCGAUCGGCAAAGACGAAAGGCUAGGCGAGGUAUGCGGAGGGUUGCUCUCUCCCAGUAGCGAGAGGGCGAUCGGGCACUCCAUGCACCCAGGACCCGGAAGCCUAGAGUAUCGGCAAAGACGACAGGCUAGGCGAGGCAUGCGGAGGGUUGCUCUCUCCCAGUAGCGAGAGGGCGAUCGGGCACUCCAUGCACCCAGGACCCGGAAGCCUAGAGUAUCGGCAAAGACGACAGGCUAGGCGAGGCAUGCGGAGGGUUGCUCUCUCCCAGUAGCGAGAGGGCGAUCAGGCACUCCAUGCACCCAGGACCCGGAAGCCUAGAGUAUACAGCACGCGCUAUGAGAAGGACGGUACAGGCAAGGUGGACAGAGGGGGUUGGACUCGUUCAGUAGCGCGAGGUCUGCCGGGCAUUCGGUCAACCGGCUGUGGUUCCGAGGAACCAUGGCCAGCCGAAGUAACCUUUAGACCAGUGAAUAGAAUAUAUAUUGGAGGGUCCCAAUCGCUGGGUGGAAGAGAGAUGCACACAUUCCUAACCUAUAGAUACCAAGAUAGAGAAUUGCCCCAUGGUCUAGGUCUUAGAGAUUUCACCUACGGUGAAAUCAUAGUUUGUGUAACCCUACAGGUCACUGAGAGACGAGCUGGAACAGUCUGAACGAUGCAAGGAAUAGAAAGGACGUACGGGGGUCGACAGUGAACGACCGACCUACAAGGAAACAGAUAAAGGUGAGCGUGACUCCCAUAAUAUGUACGAAUUCGGUAACCCCUCUCACUUCUGACGAAUAGUAUGGUUCAUAUAAAGAGAAAUAAAAGGCGAAGCAGAUGAAGUGGAAGUUAGGGGGGUUC